AUGGCCGGAACACUCGUCGAGCGCCCUGCGCCUCAGAUGCAGACUUCACUCAACACCAAGUUCGAUUUCUCCGCACGACCUCGCAGCCAUUCCAACAUCGAAGCUGCAUUCUCCCCCGUAAACAAUGAUGGCUGCUUCGACUUUGAUCGUGUUGUGAAAAGUGGUUAUGUGCAGAAGCGCACCCAAAAGACCAAGAAGUGGAAGAGCGUCUUUCUUGUGCUACGACCCAACACCAUUUCCCUGUACAAGACUGACAAGGAGGACCGUUUGCGACACCAAAUCUACCUAUCCGAUCUUACUGCCGUCGCCGAACUCAAAGACCCUAAGCACAAGCGUCAGAACGUAUUUGGGCUCUUUUCGCCGUCCCGCAACUACCACUUCCAAGCGCAAUCUGCCCAGGAGGCCCAGGAAUGGAUCGCUUUGAUUCGAAAGGAUGCGCGCAUCGACGAGGAGGAAGAUGAAAUGUUUCUGUCCAGCCCGAGGGUCACGCGACAGUCCCUGGCUGGUAUGAACCCAGUCCCUAUCAAUGGUUCGCUGGAUCGACUGGGCGAGAACGAGCGUUUCCUUUCGAGCUCUCCUGAGCCCCUGGCCACGUCAACCUCCAAGUUCGGCACUUCCGGGGGCAGGAGGAGAUCAUCUAUACUCGAAUCUUCCGGAUUGUCCGGCGCGGAGUUUGCGUCCCACUCCGAUCUCUCCGAUACCGAAGGUCUCCGCGUUCAAGAUACCUCAUUCGAAAGUUUCGCCGUUCAGUCGCACACCAGCCUCCCUCCACCAGGCCCCAUUCGCCAGCCGGGCAUGGGUAUUCGCUCCGCCAGCCAGACCAGCGUGUCCAACAUUGACCAGGACCCAGACCGUGUCAUCUGGCAGGGCUGGCUCUACUUCUUGCGCAACCGUAGCGGAAUGCGCCAGUGGAAGGACAUGUGGGCUGUACUCCGCCCCCGUAACCUUAUCCUCUACAAGGAUGAGUCUGAGUACACAGCUCGCUGGAUCCUACCGCUUUCCUCGAUUGUCAACGUCGUUGACAUGGAUCCCCUGAGCAAGAACAAAAAGCAUUGCUUGCAGGUCAUCACCGAGGAGAAGAGCUACCGCUUCUGCGCCCACGACGAGGAUGCUCUCGUUCGUUGCAUCGGCGCCUUCAAGAGCCUACUCGCCAAGCGCCGUGAACUCGAGGCCCGCGUCGCAGUGGCUUCUUCAUGA